AUGGGAAAACAGAACAGCAAGCUACGGCCGGAGGUGCUUAACGACCUGCGCGAGAACACAGAGUUCACCGACCACGAGCUCCAGGAGUGGUACCGAGGCUUCCUCAAAGACUGCCCCAUGGGCCACCUGACUGUGGAAGAGUUCAAGAAGAUCUACGCCAACUUCUUCCCUUACGGUGACGCCUCCAAAUUUUCAGAGCACGUCUUCCGCACGUUUGACACCAACGCAGACGGGACGAUAGACUUCCGGGAGUUCAUCAUCGCGCUGAGCGUUACGUCGCGCGGCAAGCUGGAACAGAAGCUCAAGUGGGCCUUCAGCAUGUACGACCUGGACGGGAACGGCUACAUCAGCCGCGCGGAGAUGCUGGAGAUCGUACAGGUCAGUCUCGAGCACCUAUGUUCCACCGGUGUAUUGUAGCAUCGUUAUACUUUAGGGUGUGACGUCAUUUCAAUGCCUGUAUCCAUUUGUAUUUUAUUUUAUGGACUUCAAGGGCCUAAAAACACACUAAGAUUUUAAUGUCACACUGUAGACUAGAGCAUUGUAUGACUGAAUUUAGAAUCAACAUCUUCCCCUUCCUCUCUUGGAAUGUGUUCACUUCUCUAUUCUCUUGAAUUUCUGUUGACCAAACCAGGUCUUUUGAGUGCUGGAGAAUAAUUUAGCAGCAGCUGGUUCUAAAAUCAACACAAUGACCUAUGGAUUAUAGAAAUGACUCAUUCUUGUGGAAGCUAAUAGACUGCAGAGCAUUCACACCAACACAGAAGCGUCAAAACACAGCAUCUAUCACAUAGUAAGAAGACACAGUGCUAAUCAAUGUAUCCCUCAUUUAUCCACCUUAAAGCUAGAAUCUGCAGUUGCUACAUCCAGUUUUGGAUUUACUGUGUGAAUGUACAGUCUCUACUACGAACCUCUUAGCGUAACUGUUAAGGUGUUGGCUUGACAGACGUGGGAUCCGGGUUCGAGUCCCAUUUGGGGCUUCUACCCGAAUUCACUACAUUGGUGUCAGAAGUGGGAUGGCGCAUUUUGUUAUAUUUCAGUCUUCUGUGAUGGGUAUAAAGUGCAAUAUUGGGAUGCAAACUCAAAAAGGUAAUACAUUUCAACUCUAUAUCUGUAAUGGUACAGGUGUCUUCGUUUUUUAAAGACCAUAACCAUGUGUGUGAGGUGUGUACUUUUCUUUAGUACAGUCGUGGUCAAAAGUUUUGAGAAUGACACAAAUAUUAAUUUCCACAAAGUCUGCUGCCUCAGUUUUUAUGAUGGCAAUUUGCAUAUACUCCAGAAUGUUAUGAACAGUGAUCAGAUGAAUUGCAACUAAUUGCAAAGUCCCUCUUUGCCAUGAAAAUGAAAAUCCCCCAAAAACAUUUUGCACAGUGAGGCGAAGACUUUUGGUGGAUGGCCUGGUGUCAAGAAGUGUAGCGAGGAAGCCACUUCUCUCCAGGAAAAACAUCGGGGACAGACUGAUAUUCUACAAAAGGUACAAGGAUUGGACUGUUGAGGACUGGGAUAGUCAUUUUCUCUGAUGAAUCACCUUUCCGAUUGUUUGGGGCAUCCGGAAAAAAGGUUGUCCGGAGAAGACAAGGUGAGCGCUACCAUCAGUCCUGUGUCAUGCCAACAGUAAAGCAUCCUGAGACCAUUCAUGUGUGGGGUUGCUUCUCAGCCAAGGGAGUGGGCUCACUCACAAUUUUGCCUAAGAACACAGCCAUGAAUAAAAAAAUGGUACCAACACAUCCUCCGAGAGCAACUUCUCCCAACCAUCCAAGAACAGUUUGGUGACGACCAAUGCCUUUUCCAGCAUGAUGGAGCACCUUGCCAUAAGGCAAAAGUGAUAACUAAGUGGCUCGGGGAACAAAACAUCGACAUUUUGGGUCCAUGGCCAGGAAACUCCCCAGACCUUAAUCCCACUGAGAACUUGUGGUUGAUCCUCAAGAGGCGGGUGGACAAACAAAAACCCACAAAUUCUGACAAACUCCAAGCAUUGAUUAUGCAAGAAUUGGCUGCCAUCAGUCAGGAUGUGGCCCAGAAGUUAAUUGACAGUAUGCCAGGACGGAUUGCAGAGGUCUUGAAAAAGAAGGGUCAACACUGCAAAUAUUGACUCUGCAUAAACUUAAUGUAAUUGUCAAUAAAAGCCUUUGACACUUACGGAAUGCUUGUAAUUAUACUUCAGUAUACCAUAGUAACAUCUGACAAAAAUAUCUAAAAACACUGAAGCAGCAAACUUUGUGAAGACCAAUACUUGUGUCAUUCUCAAAACUUUUGACCACAACUGUUGAUUUGUUUAAGACUACCAAGGAACACUUUGUGACCCUGAUUUAGCCCACUGGAAUAAAAAGGUCAAGCCAACAUCUAGCGAGCUCGUCAAGAAGUCAUAUGACGCAAAACGCAUCAUACUGUGACACUUUCUGUGUUUUGAAAGUUAUAUAUAUUGAAAACUUGGUUUAGGCAAUCCCCCCCCACCAAAUACACACACACACACACAACCAGACAUUGAUUGAUUGGAGACAGCUUGUGUCAAUUAUAGAACAUUUCCUAGGAUUUUCUGCCUGCAGCAACACUAGUGGAUAAUGCUAGAAAUAACGGUAAAAUCACUGUGCCACAAAAAGUGCAUCAAAAAGCAUGGCCCCUACUCAUGAGCUUAGUCCAACUGUCGUACCCCAUCAGAUCCUAAAUAUCAGCUUGUUUUACUCCAAUGUUUGUAAACAAUACAAAUGUAAACAAAACAUGGUUAAAACUAUAAUUUCCGGUCAGUCCUGUUAUCCAUAGCUCUAUGAAUUUGAGGGGUUAUACUGUACGUAUACAUCCUUCAGCUUUUUAACAAAACAGAGGCGGGGUGUCUGCUUUGUUAUUGUUUCAAUUAAAUAGCUUUAACUCUCUACCCCUAUGGUCCUCUUUCUAUCCAUCUAUGUGCCAUCUCCCUAGGCCAUCUACAAAAUGGUGUCCUCUGUCAUGAAGAUGCCAGAGGACGAGUCCACGCCUGAGAAGAGGACAGACAAGAUCUUCAGACAGAUGGACUCAAACAAUGAUGGUGAGGAACCCUGCACGGGAUUCGUCCCAAAUGGCACCCUAUUGUCCAAAUACAGAGAAUAGGGUUCCGUUUGGUACUAUAUAGGGAACAGGGUCCCAUUUGGGACUAUAUAGAGAAUAGGGUCCCAUUGGGGACUAUAUAGGGAAGAGUGUGCCAUUGAGGACAUUACCAACCCAGGACUUUUUAGUACAGGCCGUCACUAUUAAGUGGUUUCUUCUGCAGGGCUAUUCAACUACCGGCCCAUAAAGGGAUAAACUGUACUGCUGGUUUUCCUUUCUCCCUGAUAGUUUGAUAGCAAUGAUUUUGAAGGACAGAAUCAAAACCAUAAGUGUUCCUGCACAGAAUUUAAUAGGCCGGCUUUAUUUUCUCAAUAGUCUAAAAGUGGCGCCCUCCAUCUUUAUUUGUGAAGGCAGAAGAAACAUGGACUCCGACUAUAGCGACCUUAACUCAACAUCUAGCGACCCCGUCAAGGGGUUCGGAUCUCUUGGCGUAACAGCUAUGUUGGGCUGAUAGUCAUUGGAAGGGAGUUUGAGUGUGUGUGUGAUCCCUGAGGGAAUUUAACCACUUGACCUUGGCCUUGCUCAAGCCACACUCCUAUCAACUGAGCCAAACAGGCUAAGUGAUGGCUUCCAACUGAGCCACACAGGCUAAGUGAUGGCUUCCAACUGAGCCACACAGGCUAAGUGAUGGCUUCCAACUGAGCCACACAGGCUAAGUGAUGGCUUCCAACUGAGCCACACAGGCUAAGUGAUGGCUUCCAACUGAGCCACACAGGCUAAGUGAUGGCUUCCAACUGAGCCACACAGGCUAAGUGAUGGCUUCCAACUGAGCCACACAGGCUAAGUGAUGGCUUCCAACUGAGCCACACAGGCUAAGUGAUGGCUUCCAACUGAGCCACACAGCAGUGAUGGCUCCAACUGAGCCAAACAGGCUAAGUGAUAGCUUCCAACUGAGCCACACAGGCUAAGUGAUGGCUUCCAACUGAGCCACACAGGCUAAGUGAUGGCUUCCAACUGAGCCACACAGGCUAAGUGAUGGCUUCCAACUGAGCCACACAGGCUAAGUGAUGGCUUCCAACUAAGCCACACAGGCUAAGUGAUGGCUUCCAACUGAGCCACACAGGCUAAGUGAUAGCUUCCAACUGAGCCACACAGGCUAAGUGAUAGCUUCCAACUGAGCCAAACAGGCUAAGUGAUGGCUUCCAACUGAGCCAAACAGGCUAAGUGAUAGCUUCCAACUGAGCCACACAGGCUAAGUGAUAGCUUCCAAUAGUCCAGUUCGGCUGCAUCAGUGCAGAAGAGGGAAAUGAGUGUAUGAGAGAGCGCCAUUUUAGACUAAUGGGAUGCACGCCUUUCUCUGCCUCCACCAAUUAGUUCUUACCUCAGUGUUUUAAUUAACCAAUAUAUAUAUAUAUUUUUUUUACCUCUGAUGAAUAACCAAGUUCCUCAUCCAAUCCUGUGGCUUGUUACUGCAGGUAGGCUGUCUCUGGAGGAAUUCAUCAAAGGUGCCAAGAGUGACCCGUCCAUAGUCUGCCUGUUACAGUGUGACCCCAGCAGUGCCGGUCAGUUCUGA